ACCCGCCCCAAACGUCAUAAGAAGAGAGAGCAGCACUGAAAAGAAGAGAAGAAUGAGUGUCUCGCCACCAUCAGCCACCUCUCAAACACCAGGUGAAGAAGCAGCACCUUCUCCGCCUGUCCCUCAACCAGGGAGGGGAUUUGUACAGGACAUAAUCCUCAAUGCAUUCGAACCUGGCGUGAACCAGUCAGUUCUCAUCUUCAUCAACCUGGCCUUUGUCCUCCUGCUGCUCACACUAGUCGGACUGACUCUGCUGGUCGGUCUGGACCUUCAUAUACUGCUACUAAUAGUUCUUGCAGUUGGACUCAUGAUUGGCUUCAACUGGUUUAUAUCUCAACUGCCAAACACUGCCCCAGACCCUAAGACGACAUCAAAAGAGAGAGAUAAGCAAGAAUAACACUGGUCUAACAACCAUUGCACAGUUCAGUACACGUAUCAUCACCACCAGUAACCACCAGUAUGUAUGGUAUGAAGUGCAUGUUCAGAGAACCAGUGAAUGACCUGAGAGUGUCAAUUCACACACAAUGUACAACACCACUUCAUUGACUGUUA